AUGAUUCCAGAAUUAGAUCAUAUAUUCGAUAAUGAAGAUAUCAAUAAAUUUGAAGCUAGAAUGGAGCUUAUCAAGGAUUCAUCCUUAACUACUGCUGAUAAGGAAGUUUAUACUGGAAAAUAUCCUUUAUUACCAUUUAGAGAUGAAAUGAGAGGUACAUUUGGGGGAGAGUUUGUUAGUCAAGGUAUUCUUGCUGCUUGGGCUACGGUUAAAGAUCCUGAGUUUACUCCCCAUUCAUUACAUUCAUAUUUCAUUAAAAAUGGAGUUAUUGAAUCAUCAACAAGAUGGGAAAUUACUCAUAUUAGUGAUGGUAGAAACUUUUCUAAUAGAUUAGCUAAAGCUUAUCAAGUUCAUACUAAUGAAUUGGUUUAUACCAUUCAAAUAUCAUUUGUUAGAAACAAUGAUUCUAAAAAGAGAGAUGAAAUUUAUCAACAACAAAUAGCACAAGGUGAUGCUAAAAUCAGAUCCAUCCCAAUUCAAUUCAGUACUAAACCAGGUUGGACUUAUGAUAAAUAUAAAGAUCAAGUUGAUGAUUUACCAUUAUUUGAACAUACUCAUGGACAUCUUCAACAUGUAUUCCCUCCUGAAUUUUUCCCUGCUAAAGAUUCCCUUGAUUUGAAUGCAGUUGGAAAUCAUACCUUUGGAUUUUUUUGUAGAUUUACUGAUGAAUUGGCUUUGGCUAAGAAUCCUAUCAAGACUAAAUAUGCUCAAAUUGGAUUAUUAUCAGAUGCCGUUAUUUUAGCCACUAUUGUUAAUGCAAUUGGAUUAUCAUUACCUGAAGAAAAAAAAUUAUUCAGAGUUAGUUUAGAUCAAACUGUUUAUUUUCAUGAUUUCCAUUUUGAUCCAAAUCAAUGGUUAUAUCUUGAAUAUAGUUUUUCAACUUUAGGAAAUGAUCGAACUUUAGUUAAUUGUCGUUUCUAUACUAUUGAAGGGAAAUUAUUCUGUAGUAUUAUCCAAGAAGGAUUAUUAUUUUUAGAUAAGAAAAUGGUUGAUCAUGCUAAAGCUGCUCAUGAAAACUUUCACAAACAGAAUAAAACUGAACUGGCUAGGUUAUAA